UGAUGCAUGGUUAAUCUAAAUUAAAGGCUGAAAUAUUAUCUGAAGAAGAGAUAAAGCUAAGAGCAGAAAAAGGACAAUAGAUUUUAGAUUCUUUAGACUAUUUUUUUAAAGUUAGAAAAAACUAAGUGAAUUAACCUGAAGAUUAAUUAGCAUUUUCAGAGCUUAUGGCUAAAUUAUGUCCUGAAAUUGCUACUAUUUAUAAUUAUAGAAGAGAAGUACUUUAAACAAAGUUUGAUCACUUAGGAGGAUUACUUUCAGAAUCAAAAAGCAUAGAUAUAUAUAAGCAAUUAGUCAAAUUAAUUUAAUCUGAGUUUAUGCUAAUAGCUAUACUAUUAAAAUAGCAUCCUAAAUCAUACACUCUUUGGACUCAUAGAUAAUGGAUGGUUUUAAGAAGUUAAGAAAUAGAUUAACUUAUUAGUUCAAUGUAUAUAAUUAAUCAUAUUAUAAAGUAAUUAAGAAAAUUAGUUUAAAUUGAUAGAAGCUAUUAAACAAGAAUAUGAAUUAUGUAGCAAAAUGUUAGAUAGAGAUGAAAGAAAUUUUCAUGUAUGGAAUUAUAGAAAUUGGUUAUCAUCAAUUAGUGCCUUUGGAAAGGAAGAUGAAUUCACUAAGAAAAAAGUAUAUUUAAUUUAAUUAUUUAGAUUGAAUAAAAUUUUAGUAAUUUUUCAGCCUAUCAUUUCAGAAGCAAAUAUUUUAUGAAAAAUUAUAAUUAAUCUGAAAAUAUUAUUGAGAGAAUUAAAACAGAAUAAAUAUUAGGUCUAUUGCCUUUGCCAUUUGAAAGAUUAAAAUAAGAAACAGAAUUAAUCUAAUAAGCCAUAUAUAUAUAACCUAAAGAACAUGGUGUUUAUUUAUAUCAUAGAUGGUUAGUAGGAGUUGUUUAACCUUUUGGUGUAACAAAAAUUGAAAAAGUUUAGAAUAAUUCAAUAUAAUUAUAAUUUAAUAGACCUAUUACUAAUGUUGAGAAUUCUUUUGAAAUUUUCAAUUAGGAAAAUGUCUUAAAAAUAAUUAAUAUAAAAGUUGAAGGCAUAAGGGUCAUUAUAUCAUUUGAAGAACAAUAAAUAACUAACUUAAAAAUUAAGAUACAUAAUUAAAUUUAUGAAAAUUAAUCUAAAGAAACAAUAAUUAGUGAAGAUGAAUCAUCAAAAUUUAUGGUUCCAAGUGAAAUAGAUUUAACAAUAAAUAAUGAUGGAUUUACAUAUACUAAUACAAUUUAACAAGAAUUUAAAAAUGCAAUAAAUGAAAUUCAUAAAUAUCUUGACGAAAACAUUGACUUCAUUAAAUAGGUUAUUGAAGAAGAAAGAGAGAAUAGGUAAAUUUUUAUAUUUAUAAGAUAGAUUUCCAUAUAUUCAAGUAUUAUAUUUAUUGUAAUUUAAACUUCGUACUUAAAAAUUGAUUGAUGAAAGCAAAACUAAUGCCAUUAUUAAGGAAGCCUUGCAACAUUGUGAAUAAUUGAAGAAGAUUUAAAAUGAUCACCAAGCCCAAUUUCUUUAUGAAUUUUGGAGUUAAUUUUGAA